CCAUGUCCAUUCCCCUGGCAUGCCAAGCCGCCUCGGUCACACCCUUCCCGGCCUCCCCCGCCUCCCUGCUCCCUUCUGCCCGCCAUGUUCUGGAGGAGGAGUACGUGUAGCUCCGGAGAUAGCUGGAUUAGCAUUAGCCGCACUUAGCUAGGCGGAGGCGCAACAAGCUCCUCGAAACAAGUACUCUGUCGUGAUUUCCCUCCUCGGAAUUAGCCAGACAAGCUCAAAGGUUUGCGUCCCUGGGGUAAAAAGAAAAGCAGACGUAAUUUACAAACUACGGUGAUGGCGUGGGCUUGCGUGCAGCCUUCACUACGUGUGUGGAGAUGGUUUUAACAGACGCUGUUCUGGAGGACUCAGGAACGCCACAUUGGCCUGGAGAAGCCUCUUAAGCACUAAUUGUAAAGUGACAAAGGAAUAGUUUUCAGAGGACACGCACCCUUCCAUCUUUUGUAAACUCGAACGCUCUGAGGAGGAGCUGUGCUUUUUUUAAAAUUAUUUCUUGUCUGUCCCAUCUACAUUACCACCACCACCAUGCCAAGCACCAUCCGCCGGCAGAUGAAAAACAUGGUCAACAACUACUCGGAUGCAGAGAAAAAAGUCCGGGAGGCCACGUCCAACGAUCCCUGGGGGCCCUCGUCCUCGCUCAUGUCAGAGAUCGCCGACCUGACCUACAACGUGGUGGCCUUCAGCGAAAUUAUGAACAUGAUCUGGAAGCGACUCAACGACCACGGAAAGAACUGGCGCCAUGUCUACAAGGCCCUCACCCUGCUCGACUACCUGAUCAAGACUGGCUCGGAGAGGGUGGCACUGCAAUGCAAGGAGAACAUCUUCGCCAUUCAGACACUGAAGGACUUUCAGUACAUCGACAAAGAUGCCAAAGACCAGGGCAUCAACGUCAGGGAGAAGAGCAAGCAGCUGGUGGUCCUACUCAAGGAUGAGGACCGUCUCAAAGGAGAGAGGUCUCAGGCUUUGAAGACUAAAGAGCGCAUGGCCCAGGUGUCCACGGGGAGCAGUCAGGUGGGUUUUGGCCGAGGCUCGUCUCAGCCCAACCUGUCCACGUCCUACAGUGAAGAGUAUGGCAGAUCAGAGGGCUCGCCCGCCUCCUACCACGGCUCCACGUCUCCCAACCCGGGCUCAGAGCUGGAGCAGGCCAGACCUCAGACCAGCGGAGAAGAGGAACUCCAGCUACAGCUUGCCCUGGCCAUGAGCAGAGAAGCUGCAGAGCAGGAGGAGCGCCUACGCAGGGGUGACGACCUGAGACUACAGAUGGCUUUGGAGGAGAGUAAGAAAGAAGGUCCUGGCUCAGGAAAACUCCCCAGGAAGAAGAAAGAGCCACAGUCAUCUUUGAUGGAUCUGAUGGAUGUUCCUGAGCCAAGUGCCAGAGCCGACCCAUGGGGCGUGGGGGGAGGAGCCAGGGGCGGGGCUGGAGCCGGAGCUGCGGCUGCAUCAGCAGAUCCAUGGCAGCCUUACGGUUCUGCCCCCAAGCCGGCGGUACCAGCGGACCCGUGGGGCGCUCCUUCCUCUCUCCCGUCUGUGAAGAGUGGCGACCCGUGGGCAUCAAACCCCUCCACUCCUGCCUCUGACCCCUGGGGUUCUGCAGCCGCCCGUCCCAAGACCUCCCACACAGGUAGCUUUGACCUGUUCAGUACAUCCAAUGGUACAUCCAAAGAGGACUUCUCAGAGUUUGACAGCCUGCGCUCUUCCUCCUCUGUCCCCACUGCUGAUGGAGGCAUAGCAUCCUCCGUCCCCUCCCAAGCCAGUCUUGCUAGUAGCAGCAGCCUGGACUUCUUUGACCCUCUGCCCUCCACAUUGCCCUCUUCUUUCGGCACAAAUCCAACUAGAAAGACUCCAGAGUCCUUCCUGGGACCCAAUGCUGCCCUGGUCAAUCUGGAUUCUCUGGUGACCAAACCAGCCCAGCCGGCACCAGCUGUUAACCCGUUCUUGGCUUCCGGAGGUACAUCUACUCCAGCUGCCCAUGUCAACCCAUUCCAAGUCGGCCAGCCAGUGCCCCCAACUCUCAACCAGAUGCGGGUCAGCCCGAUGCCCUCUGGCUUUGGCAGCAUGGUGGAUCCCAUGCCUCUGUCCUCCCUUCCAGCUCAGCCCGUGGUCCCCCCAGCCGGGAUGGCCCCCAUGGGCCACGGGAUGUCGGGAAUGGGAGCCGCAGGUGGGAUGGGGACAAGUGGAGAAAUGAAUGCAGGGUACCCAGCUUCUAUGACCAUGCCCCAGCCGCUGAUGACCAUGCCCGCCCAGGCUGGGUCCCAGCCCACCGGACCCACCAACCCUUUCCUUUUGUGAUCGUUGGUUCUCACCAGGAGAUACCCCACGUAUCCAACUCUAAGCCACUCCCAAACCAGGUCCACCCUGGUGAUCCACCUCCCUUCCUCCUGAGCUAAAUGCUGCCUGGUUUUUGGACUGAUCUGAAGAUGAUGCUGAGGACAAAAACCCAGUCUCUUUCCUCCCCGUCUUCUUCUCACUAACCCUCCUCCUCGCCCGUAGGCCCGCUCCUCUCCUCCGUGAUGGCGCGACCAGAGAGUCUAACUGUACUAACGCCAGGAUCUUAUCUCCUCACUCCAGCUAAUCUUCUCUAAGCCCUGUCAGCUGACACGUGCGUCUGCACAUCUCAGUACUUUUACACUGUGUCACCUCCAGUAAACCUGGGGUAAAUACGAGAGAUGUGUUUAUACUCUGUAUUUGUCACAAAGCAGGAAUUUUGCACAAUUUUUGCUUUUUUAUUGUUUUUUUUUUUCUGCGACUGUUGGACUCACCGUUACACCUUAGCUCAGCGAGGACAGAACACCCGUGACGACAUACACUCUCACUGCCUCGGCUCUUGGUACUACUCACAACUUUCACCGUCGACCCCAAGAGGCCAGACCCCCACCCCCCCACACUCCUGAGACUUUCCUACGUUGGUGUGUGCUCGGAUACUAACGGCGACACGUUGAAACGUUUUCCAACAAGUCCCCCCCCCCCCGCCAAUCUCCUUGAGCGUUCAUAGAGGGAAAGACAUGAACUCAGUAUUUUCUCAAAUGAACAAAUAGAUUUUUUUAAGUAUUUAGGAUAAAAGGGAUGAAUGAGGAUUGGUGCAUUUAGCUUCCAUGUUUAUUUUAGCCGCCGCCGUGAGUUAGUCCUCCACACAAGGUUUUCAUGAAGCGUUAGUGUUAGCCACCAACCGGCCCCAUUGGAUUAGCUUUGGCUAACCUCGCUACAGGAACAGAACACACACAGAACCAGGGUCUAGUCUAUUCCCAGCACAGGGGGAUUCCACAUCAUGUCAACAAGCAGGUGUUUGUUUUCUUUUUCCGGGAGUUUGAUGUUAAUCCGUAGCUGAGCUGUCAUCUUUUUUUGUUUUUUUUCUCACCCUCUGGGUAGGCUAUGUCAUUCUCCUAAAAGCACAACUGUUACCAAAGUCGUAGCGACUGGUUUCUGCCCGAUGUGGAAUAUUUACAACCGUGGGGUCACGCUUGACCACCACGUGGUAUAAGAGACGAUUACUAAACUGUUUAAUGAGGCCGGGUGUUUGCUGCAUCUCUUCUUCUGGUAGAAAAACAAAAGGAGGCUGAAGAUAAAUAGCACGUUGUGUCGACUUGUCUUCAUUCUUAAACCUUUGUGAUGCUGGGUUGGUUUUGAUUGAACUGCCAGUGUUUGUUUCUGUGGCAUGGCGCCCCCGUGUGGCUUGGUGCUUCGCUGCAGGACUGGAUGUUUCCACCGCUUCUCUCAGGCACAAAGGAGGCUUUUUCUUUUUUUAGCUUGAUAUCUUGAAUUAGUGGUUUGAACUAUAUUACUUAGAGACCAGCAAGCAUUUUUAAUCCCCACUAAAAAUAUGCAAAAAAAAAAUAUUGGAUUCUGGGAUUCUCGCUCAUCUUUAAUCAGACCUUAAACUCUAGUCGUAUAUUUAUGGGAAACUUUAUGCAGUUUAUCUAAAAAGGAGUGGCUAUGUUUCAGUAAAACGUGUCAUAUAUUCACCGAGCUUUUAUCAAAAGGACUAACUAAAUGAAUUUAUGGGCUUUUUUUUGUUUUUGUUGGCAUAAAAUGACUCGUUUAUUCCUUCAUGUCUCGUCUAGUUGCCCUGUGUGUAGUACUGGGAGCAGGCUGCUUGGUUUUGUUUGUUUGUUUUUCAUUUGUGCUAAACCCGAUGGCAUUACAACUGUAUAAUAUAAUUUAUCAUUUGUACUAUUGUAACAUACUGUUCUUCUGUAUACCUUAUUAUUCUGUGUAAUGGGUUUAUUAUUUUUGUAGGAAAAGUCAUUGUGGUAUUUUAACGGCACCUAAAACAAACGAGCGCGGGCAGCACCCUGUUGGACGAGGACGACUGUAGCUGCAUCAGUUCAAAAUAAAUUGUGUUUCACUUCCUG